UCUCCCCCGCGCUUGCACACGCCCUGUGACAGUGAAAAAAAGUUGGCUUGGUGGAGAAGUUAAAUCACGGAAAAGAUAUGUGUUGCUGCCUCUUGUAGCUCACAGCAAAGAAGAAGAAGAAGAAGAAGAAGCUGCUCCUGUUGUUGAAGCUUUUCCUCCAAAAACACUCAAUCCUCUAGACAUGGAGUCCGCCAUCCAGACGGUGGUGACCACCUUCCUGAAGUCGAGCCGAGGCAAGGAGAACCUGGAUGGGAAGGCCUUCCAGAAGAUGGUGAAGAAGCAACUUGGCGGCGUCAUGGAGGACACGAACAGCUCGGCGGCCAUCAAGGAGAUGCAGCGCGGCCUGGACGAGAACAGCGACGGCAAGGUCAGCUUCCAGGAAUACCUCACCCUGAUUGGCUACGUGGCCAAAUCCAUCAGCCAGGUCAAGAGUGAAUCCAACGCGGUGGCUUCGUAGACGGCGUGACGUCUACGGGACCGGCAUGCUUCUUUUUUUUUUUUGAUGUUUCCUUUUGUAAUGCUUUUAAAAAAUGCAGCUAACUCAUCAUGCUAGCAUGUAGUCAAUGUUCCCUCCAUGCUGAAGGACUUCCUAGCAAGAACGCCAAUAAACGCUUCAUACUGAUUGACAA